CCCCUCGCCCCAGGCGGCUUGGAACAGCGCAGGCUGGGUCUGGCGGUUGCUGCAGCCGCGCUGACUGCGGGGACCCGCGGCCCAGAGCAGCCGGGCUCCGCGGGCUGGUGGUCGGUCGUCGUGGAGGCGGCGCCGGGGGCGCGGCGGGCGGCGGGCCGCUGUCGCUGGGCUGGGAGGGGCGGCGGCCAUGCUGCGCUGGCUGCGGGGCUUCGUGCUGCCCGCGGCGUCCUGCCAGGAGGACAAGGAGGAUUACUUUCGCUACCGGAUUCUCUUCGAAGACUUGGACCGCGAUGGUAACGGGGUCCUGGACAUCUCAGAGCUCCGGGAGGGGCUGCAUAACUGGAGCUCGUCGUUUACUCCGCAAUCGGAGAAAGCUAUUUUAAAAGCUGCAGAUACCAAUGCUGAUAAUAAGUUGGACUUUGAAGAAUUUAUGAAAUACCUUCAAGAACAUGAGAAAAAAAUGAAGCUGGCAUUUAAGAGUCUAGACAGAAAUAGUGAUGGAGUAAUAGAAGUUUCAGAAGUCAUUGCUGCUUUCAAAUCACUGGGUGUAAAUAUUUCUAAGGCUCAGGCAAAAGAAAUUUUACAAAGCAUUAGUAAUGAUGAGACACUUACAAUAGACUGGGAUGAAUGGAAGUACUACUUUUUACUUCGUCCUGCAAAAGAUAUCAAUGAAAUCGUUCGUUUCUGGAAACGUACUUCCGUAGUUGACAUAGGGGAGAGUUUAGCUAUUCCAGAUGAAUUUACUGAAGAAGAAAAGCAUUCUGGAGAUUGGUGGAGACGUUUGGUGGCUGGGGGAAUAGCUGGUGCAGUUGCUCGGACAUGUACGGCACCUUUUGACCGAUGGAAAGUUAUGAUGCAGUUUCAUAGCUUACAGUCAAGGAGAAUGAGAUUGAUUAGUGAGUUUGAGUUGAUGAUAAAAGAAGGAGGAAUUCGUUCUCUUUGGAGAGGAAAUAGUGUUAAUGCUUUAAAAAUUGCGCCAGAAACAGCACUCAAGUUUGGGGCCUAUGAACAGUAUAAGAAAUGGCUUAGUUUUGAUGGUGCUAAAAUAGGAAUUGUUGAGAGAUUUAUAUCUGGUUCAUUGGCUGGUGCAACUUCUCAGACUUGUGUUUAUCCCUUGGAGGUCCUAAAGACCAGACUAGCUAUUAGUACAACUGGACAGUAUACAGGGGCUAUUGAUUGUGCCAAGAAAAUUCUGAAACAAGAAGGUGUCAGAGUCUUUUUCAAAGGUUAUGUUCCUAACUUGUUAGGAAUUAUACCUUAUGCAGGCAUUGAUCUUGCUGUUUAUGAGCUUUUGAAGAACUACUGGCUAGAACAUCACGCAGAAGACUCUUUAAACCCUGGAAUCAUGAUUUUGUUGGCAUUCAGUACAUUUUCUCAUACUUGUGGUCAGGUAGUCAGUUUUCCUCUGAAUCUUAUUAGAACUCACAUGCAGGCUAAAGCACUGGAAGAAAGCCCACCUUCUAUGAUUGAUUUCAUUCAAGAUGUUUAUAACAAAGAAGGAGCAAGAGGAUUUUUUAGGGGUCUCACCCCCAACAUCAUAAAAGUGCUUCCAGCAGUAAUCAUCAGUUGUGUGACUUUUGAAAAAGUAAAAAAUUAUUUGGGAUUCAUUUAAAACUGAAAUUGUCAUUGUUGUAAGGUGGCCACUGGGUUAUAGAGAGAAAUGUAUCUUUUCCGAAAAGGAAAGAUAUAUCAAAAUUUUUUUGAAAAUAUUUUUUCUUUAUCUAUUACAAAGUCUAUAAAUUAAAUAAUUACAUUGUAAUGUUGUUUAAAUUUAAAGCCCUUAAUAUUUUAUUUACAUUUCCCUCUACUUUCUCUUGUGUCCUAACUUAAAACUUGUUUUUAAUGGGCUUGAUUAUACCAUAGUACUAUUAUAAAAAAUUUGGUUAGUUAUAGCAGCUCUUAUUGUUAGACUUUUUGUAUUUAAACACUUUUUUUUAAAAAAAAAACUGUGCUUAAAAUGUUUUAUAUAGUAAAAGAUAAAUCAGUACGUUUAAAAUUGAUAUUAUAGCCAGUGAUUGGAAUUUUUCUUACUAAUAGUAGACAAUCACAAUGGAAAAUUGGUGUUAUAAUUCCUCCUAUCAUAUUGUGAAUGGAAUCAUGGUAAUAUGUUAACAAAGUCUUACUUCUCUGGGUACUUUUAUUUGUAAAUAUAAACACUUCUGAUUCACUUUUAUUCUCAUAUUCUCAGUUUUUAUAAGGAAGUUGGCACUGAGAACAAUCUACUGAACAUAUUUUAUUCUAUGGUUGAAAAACAUUUGAAGGGAAG